CACAAAGUCAGCUGAUUGCUAAGCAAGGGGGCUGUGUGGCGUUUCUGGUAGGGUUAAAAGAAACUGCACAGCUGUGGUGACACUAAGCUCUGGACACCAUCAAGUCAACAGCAGUGGAAAGUCUGUGCUGCAGAAAUCUCCAAGACAGCUCUGCUCUUCACAUCAAAAUGGAGAGUUUAGAUGAUUAUGACUAUAAUCUGGACUACAACUACACAGAAGAAAAUUUGACUGUAAUUGAGGAGACAGUUUUUAAGCCCAAGUCGACGUGUUUAAAGGAAGCUUUCUGUGUUUCUUUAGUCGUGGUCAGUGCUGUCAUUUUUCUGCUGGGCUUCUGUGGAAACGCUUUGGUCAUCUGGAUUUCAGGCUUCAAAAUGAAGAGGACGGUCAACACUACCUGGUACCUGAGCCUUGCAAUAUCUGACUUUGUAUUCUGCGCCUUCCUCCCCUUCAGCAUCACCAACAUGGUGAUGGAGCAGUGGGUUUUUGGCCGCUUCAUGUGCAAAUUCGCCUCCUCAAUUAUGUUUCUCAACAUGUUCAGCAGCAUCUUCCUCCUGGUCAUCAUCAGUGUUGACCGCUUUGUGUCAGUCGUGUUUCCGGUUUGGGCUCAGAACCAUCGCACUAUUAACAAGGCGUCCGUUAUUGUUUCCCUGGCUUGGCUUCUCGCAGUCGCACUGAGCAUUCCCUCCUUGGUCUUUCGGGACGUUGGCAGUCACCUGGGUAGGACCAUUUGCUUCAACAAUUAUACAUUAAACCAACACAGUCACAAGAUAGUUGCACUGAGCCGACUCAUUGCAGGGUUUAUUGUCCCUUUCAUUAUCAUCAUGAUUUGCUAUUCUGUCAUCAUCCUCAAACUUCAGACCAAUCGGAUGACAAAAUCCUCCAAACCUUUCAAAGUCAUGACUGCACUGGUCGCCGCUUUCUUCAUCUGCUGGCUGCCGUACCACGUGUUCGUCCUACUUGAGCUGAACCACCAAAACUACGACCACAGUGUUUUAAUCACCGGGCUUAAAGUGGGCACUUCUAUGGCAGCGGCAAACAGCUUCCUUAACCCAGUGUUGUAUGUUUUUAUGGGCAAUGACUUCAAACAGAAGUUCAAGAACUCUGUGCUCUCAAAGAUGGAGAACGCGAUGGCAGACGAAGGCCGCACCAUCAGCCGCUACCUGUCCAGGUCCAGCUCUGUGGAUGGCAGAGCUUCUACACAUAUCUAGAGAUUACCACAAGAUACGAAAUGUGUUGUUGCUUCCCAAACCACACAUGAAUCAAAUCCGUAUAGAUUCAUAUUACAAGCCAGACUUUUUGCCACACAUUUCUUCUGCUUUGCAAGCUUGAGUCAAUAUCUAAACGUGUAUUUAGCUCAUUUUGCAUUGCAAGGCAGGUGACAUCAAUUCCAUCUAUCUCAAAGCUAGUUUUUGCACACAUUUAUGACUGUAAAUUGAGUUGUAAAAUAUUGUCAAAUAUGAUGUAUAUUUUCAGAUUAAAAAAAGUAUUAUCAUUAUGUCAAGGAAUAUCUGAAUUUAUAUUCAGAAUCAGAAUCAGAAAUACUUUAUUGAUCCCUUGAGGAAAUUGUGAAAUUGUAUACUGGUUAUAUUGGUUACUGGUUAUAUUUGGUUGCAAAUUACAGAUUAAUUUUCAAUUCUUGCAAAGAUCUUGUAUUCUUGUGAAUUGCAAACAUUGCAAUUGUUUUCGAUCUGUGAAACAUGUUGAAAUUUAACAAGAAAGGAAAUCUUAAUGUUGCAAAUCACAACUUGUGUGCUGCAUAUUUAAUGGAAACAUGGGGGACUGCAGGACAUUUGCUGUAGAAAUGACUGUUGUAAGGUUUUCAUAUGCUUCCAUGACCUCUGAACUAAACUGAUAAGCACAAGGGCACAUUAUUACGAAUAAACAGAAGAUCAUGAAAAGCACUCGCUGAGACCCAGCGACUGAAUGCUGGUAAUUUUUUUCAUGCGCAUUAAACCUCAGCUGUCCCUCCACCCAAAGAGGGUUGUUCUGUGGUUUUAUUUACUGACAGCACAGUACGCAACUAUUUUUGUAUUGCAGCAUUUGCAAAUGUUGUUUCAGACUGACCAGAAUACAAAGUGCAGCAGUGGAGGAGGCUGCUGUUUGUUCGUAUUAAUCAGAGAAUAGAGAAAUAACAGGUGUCCUCCACCACUCUGCAUAAUGUAAUCUGAUUUGGAUGGGUUAUUGUACUAGAUGAAUGUACCGCUGUGACAACUCAGUAAAGAAACCAUGCUGCAGCACACACACACACACACACACACACACACACACACACACACACACGCUCACAAACAUUUGUUAUAACCACUUGACAAACAGUUUGCAGAACAUUUUAGUUGUUUUUUUCAUUCAUUUUCUUUUCAUUUCAUUUCAUGUAUGAGAAAUGUACAGUGAAUGUGGUUUGUGCUAUAAAUCUUUAAAUAUUU